CUCCACAUUGGCACCGUUUACAGUAAUGGAGACCUCUGUGUUCCAACGAGCGUGGAAGUGAGGCGAGUGCUUAUAUGUUUCAUCACAUAUGUCUAAAGGCAUCUCUGUGCAGCACCUGGUUCACCUGAGCUGGCCUGAACAGUUACUGAACAGACAAGCUUUGGGCAUGCAGCUGCACAGCUCCGCCUCCUGCACCGGGGCUUCGUAGAGCUGUCAGCCCCAAAUUAACAACACUCAUAACGGGAGGCGGAAUUCACGGUAGGCCUACGUAUACGGAAGCAGACAACGGGAUUCAUAUCUUUACAUGUAGGCUACGGUUGUGACUUUGUGUCCGGUGCAAAGCGAAUAUGGCUACAAGCGCAGACCCGGAGAUAGUUAUUAUAGGGUGCGGGAUAGCAGGUAUAGCGGCGGCACAGCGGCUCGUUAACGCUGGGUUUCAUCAUGUGAGGAUACUUGAAGCGACUGCAAGGAGCGGAGGAAGAAUUAAAACCGAAAGACUGGGUAACAACAUUACAGAAAUAGGUGCAAGUUAUAUCCACGGUCCGUCUGAGGAGAACCCGGUGUUUCGUCUGGCACGUGACUAUGGCCUCCUGGAUCCAGAGGCCCUCACCCAAGAGAAUCAGGCCAUGGACCUUGAUGAACGCCUUCCCUGGGUUCCCAACUGGUUCAGCAGUUCAGGUCAGAAGCUCAGUGCUGAAGACAUGAAACCUGCUCUGGAGAUGUUUGAUGAGCUAUUGGAGGAUACUUUCCAUUUUCGAAAUCAAGGAGAAAAGCCCUGGGCCAGCGUAGGACAUUUUGUUCGAUCAGAGGCACGACAGCGAGCAGCAGAGAGGUGGGCCAAUAAGGAUGAAAGCACCAGGAAGCUGCUACUGUGUGCCAUCAGUGCCAUGUUGAAGGAGGAGUGCUGUGCCAGUGCAGCUCCCACCAUGGACGAGAUAGACCUGGCAGGAUAUAACAUCUACAAGGCUCUAACUGGACUCGACUGCACAUUCCCAGAUGGCUACGAAGGCCUAAUCCAGAACUUGAUGUCGGAGCUCCCCAGUGGUUUAGUGACCUACAAUCGGCCUGUUCACUGUAUCCACUGGGACAACACAGAGAGCGGAGACAGCACUGUUACGGCUGAGUGUAAUGAUGGGGAGAGGAUCGCUGCUGAUCAUGUUAUUGUCACAGUGCCUCUAGGAUACCUUAAGAAGCACCAUUCAACCCUGUUCUCUCCUCCUCUACCUGCACACAAGCUGAACUCCAUCCAGAGACUGGGAUUUGGAACAUGCAACAAAAUAUUCGUCGAGUUUGAAUCUCGGUGGUGGGAUGCUGACUGUGAGAUAAUCUUCCUGGUGUGGGAAGAUGAGGAUGACAUUUUGGACCAGGUGUCCAACAAUUCCUGGAUAAGGAAGUUGUCAGCGUUCACUGUGAUCAAACGUUCUGAAAGCCACGUUCUCUGCGGCUGGAUUGCUGGGCAUGAGUCGAAGUAUAUGGAGACACUUUCUGAGCAGGAGGUCAGACGUUCAGUUGCGGAGCUCAUCCGUACAUUCACAGGAAAUCCUACCAUCACCCCAACGAGAAUCCUCCGCUCCCAGUGGUUUCAUGACCCCUGGACAUGCGGAUCGUACAUUUACCCAGCAGUAGGCUGUGUAGUGCAGGACCUGGAGAACAUGAUGGAGCCCCUGCCUAUGAAGGGAUCACAGUCACAGCCCCUGCAGGUGUUAUUCGCUGGAGAGGCUACUCAUCCAUACUACUAUUCCACUGUCCAUGGAGCUCUUCUCACUGGGUGGAGAGAGGCUGACAGACUCAUCUCUCACUACUCCUCCAUCAGUCCAGAUUAAAAAAUUUAAAAGAGGAACACAUAAAAACUGUUUUUUAAUCCCCAAAACAUAAUGCAGUAAUACUGAAAAAAAAGACCUCCAAAGAUUUUGCACAUCUGUUUCCAGGUUUUGGGGAGUACGACUGCAUACUGUAUGUGACGUAAGUUCUGAAGCACCUAAUAAUGUAAUAAAACUUGCAUUUAACUUGAUUGAAAAUGUAAUAAAACCCAAUAAUGUAAUAACUUGAGUGAUAUUGUAUUAACAUUUUACAGAUAAUGUAAUACCUUUCAGACUGGUUAUUGUUUUUUCUUUUUCUUUUUUCAAAAUUAAUGAUGUAAUGUUAUGACAGAGAAGUAUGCUUUUUAUCAAAACAUUUUGAAUACUGUCAGUGUUAUGUCUGUCUAAUUAAAACACUUACAUUUGACACUGAUUUCAUGUUUUGGAAAUUUAAUCUCGAGGCUUAGAAUCUGAAAUUUGCCACAUAUGACAAGUUGUACGCUGUUAUCAGGCAAAGAUGCAUUAAACUAAACUCCCACCACUGCAAGUACUGUCAUUAGACCAGAGUGAAUCUGAGAUUAGACAACAUCAGAAAAUGACAAAAGCUGCAGACGAUGUUACGCAAGCAAGUGUUGAAGGCAAAGUCUCCAUAAAAUGUUCUUUUUCAUCUGAGUCAACAGUGAUUCUCAUUAAAUAAAGUGUCUCCUUUGCCUUA